GCCUAUCUCCAUGACGUCUCCGUAACAGGAAGGUGGUAAGGCGGUGUAGUCCGCUUUAAUCUGCCGGGGUGAGGGUUAUCAUCACGUGCACACGUUCCGAGCCGAUCGGAACGCGCAUUGGACAUGGAGAAAUUCACAGAUCGGAGCUUGAGGCAACUCGACGACUAUGCUCACAACGUCAUGGAUAUGCCGCAAUUGCCUGUCGCGCAUUGCUCGUCCGUUGGUAAAUCGAAGUAUUCGGUUCCAGAGUAAUGCUGCGACAUCCGAGUCUAUACCCCCGGCCCUGCUCACAAGAGCCCGCGCAAUCGUGACCGAACACAAGGAAUUGACAGAAAAACUCUCCAAUGGCUUUGAUACGCGCGCGGCGAAGAAGCUCGGCGAGUACAGCCCGAUCGUGAAUGCAUUGGGAGAGUGGGACAAAGCCAACGAGUCUGUGACAGAGCUCACCUCGAUGAUACACGACUCCUCGACCGAUCCCGAACUACGAUCACUCGCUUCCGACGACCUUGGAGAAACACGAACGCAGCUCGCCAAUGCCUCACAGAACCUCAUCACUUCUCUAGUACCUGUACACCCAUUCGCACAUCUCCCAUGUCUACUAGAAAUACGGCCUGGCGCAGGCGGAUCAGAGGCAGCUAUAUUUGCUGGGGACCUCUUCCGCAUGUACUCAGCCUUCUGCAACCGCAACGGCUUCCGCACAAAUCUCCUCAAGUAUGAGAACAUAAACGGAACGACUGAAGCUGGGGUACCACUAUCAGAAGCCAUCAUAGAGGUAGAGAACGAUGGCGCAUAUGGUGUCUUCCGAUGCGAAGCAGGUGUGCAUCGUGUGCAGCGCGUACCCGCUACAGAGGCCAAAGGGCGUACACACACGAGCGCGGCAUCCGUACACGUGCUGCCUAGUGUACAGGAGAACUCUGCAGAAGAGCAGGACUUCGAAGACCCAGAAAGUGACUACUACAUCGAUGUGAAAGAGGUUAAGCUAGAAGUCAUGAGGGCAAGCGGUGCCGGUGGCCAGCACGUCAACAAGACCGAGUCAGCAGUUCGGCUAACGCAUAUUCCUACAAACACGGUCGUCGCGAUGCAAGAUUCUAGAUCCCAGCAUAAGAACAAAGAGAAAGCCUGGGCACUUUUGCGCUCGCGUAUCGCCCAGUCAAGACGCGAGAAACGCGAAGAGGAGAUGGCGAAUAUGCGACGAAGCGUUAUUGGCGUGGCGAAGAUGGGUCGCGGUGACAAGGUGCGGACCUACAAUUGGGGGCAGCAGCGCGUUACCGACCAUAGGAGUGGAACUACUGUGCAUGAUUUAGACGAUGUGAUGGGUGGUGGCCAGACGCUUGAGAAGGUCAUGCAGAGUGUCCGCAGCUGGCUCAUGGAGCAAGAUGUCGAGGCCUUGAUCGCGGAUGAUGCCGGAUCGAAGGACAAGAAGUGAGAUGCAGAGGUGUUGGGGGACAGAACAAUGAUCUUCCGCUUCCGGUAUCCGUACUCCACAGCAUGUAUGGAGAGCAAGUGGACAGUACACCCAUCGAACAGCAUCGCUACACCAGCGCUCAACGGAUACAGAGCUUUCCGCAUAGCCGUUACACUGUCGGGUGCAUCCAUGCGAUCUGCCCGAAUUGCACCGCC